AUGGUAAUACCUUGAAAGAGUAUGAAUAUUUCAGCAAACCGCCUCUUCAGUGGUUCCUCGUUAGCAUCUGAAGUGCAUGCUGCUGCUGUUAAUGGAGAUAAGAGUACCCUCCAAAAGCUAAUAGCAGGAAACUCUGAGCUGAAAGAUAAAGAGGACCAGUUUGGAAGAACUCCACUUAUGUACUGUGUAUUGGCUGACAGGCUGGACUGUGCAGAGGCAUUGCUGAAGGCUGGAGCCGAUGUUAAUAGAGCUGAUCGUAGCCGAAGAACUGCUCUCCAUCUUGCUGCACAAAAGGGAAAUUACCGCUUCAUGAAACUUUUACUGGCUCGUAGAGGGAACUGGAUGCAGAAGGACUUAGAGGAUAUGACACCAUUACAUUUAACUACACGUCACAAAAGCCCAAAAUGUUUAGCUUUGUUGCUAAAACAUAUGGCACCUGGAGAAGUGGAUACCCAGGACAGAAACAAGCAAACUGCAUUGCAUUGGAGUGCCUACUACAAUAACCCAGAGCAUGUGAAACUUCUCAUAAAACAUGAUUCAAAUAUUGGAAUCCCUGAUAUUGAAGGAAAAAUCCCACUUCACUGGGCAGCUAACAACAAGGACCCUAGUGCAAUUCACACGGUGAAAUGUAUUCUGGAAGCUGCACCUACAGAAUCUCUACUUAACUGGCAAGACUAUGAAGGACGAACUCCCCUUCAUUUUGCUGUUGCUGAUGGGAAUGUCGCAGUUGUUGAUGUCCUGACCUCCUAUGAAGGCUGCAAUGUGACAUCUUAUGACAAUUUGUUUCGAACUCCUCUUCACUGGGCAGCCUUACUUGGUCAUGCACAGAUUGUCCAUCUCUUAUUAGAAAGAAAUAAGUUUGGAACUAUCCCAUCUGAUAGUCAAGGUGCAACACCCCUGCAUUAUGCAGCGCAGAGCAACUUUGCUGAAACAGUUGAAGUAUUUUUGAAACAUCCUUCUGUAAAAGAUGACUCAGAUCUUGAGGGAAGAACAUCCUUCAUGUGGGCAGCUGGCAAAGGCAGUGAUGAUGUCAUUAGGACUAUGCUGACUUUAAAAUUGGAUAUUGAUAUCAAUAUGACGGACAAAUACGCUGGCACAGCGUUACAUGCUGCUGCCCUUUCUGGCCAUGUCAGCACAGUGAAAUUGCUGUUGGAACAUAACGCACAGGUUGAUGCUUUGGAUGUCAUGAAACAUACCCCGCUUUUCCGAGCUUGUGAGAUGGGACACAAAGAAGUGAUACAAACGCUCAUUGAAGGAGGAGCAAGAGUAGAUUUGGUUGACCAAGAUGGCCAUUCACCUCUUCACUGGGCAGCCCUUGGAGGAAAUGCUGAUGUGUGCCAAAUCUUGAUAGAAAAUAAAAUCAACCCUAAUGUGCAGGAUUAUGCAGGUAGAACACCUCUGCAGUGUGCUGCUUAUGGAGGUUAUAUUAACUGCAUGGUAGUGUUACUGGAAAACAACGCAGAUCCAAAUAUUCAGGAUAAAGAGGGAAGAACUGCUUUGCAUUGGCUCUGUAACAACGGCUACCUUGAUGCUAUAAAGUUGCUGCUUGGUUUUGAUGCUUUCCCUAAUCAUAUGGAGAACAGCGAGGAGAGAUAUACUCCACUUGAUUAUGCCUUGCUUGGUGAACACCAUGAAGUGAUUCAGUUCAUGUUAGAACAUGGGGCUCUGUCUAUAGCUGCCAUACAGGAUAUUGCUGCUUUCAAAAUUCAGGCUGUCUACAAAGGAUACAAAGUUAGAAAGGCUUUUCAAGAGAGGAAGAAUCUUUUGAUGAAACAUGAACAGCUGAGAAAAGAUGCUGCUGCCAAGAAACGUGAAGAAGAAAGUAAGAGAAAAGAAGCCAAGCUGCAAAAAGGGAUGCAGAACGUGGAACAAAAUAGGUUUCGAGUACAACAGACUCCCGCAAAUCGAGAGAAGACUACCAGCAUCUUGCAGUUACCUAAUAAACAAAUUGAUACACGGAUUAAGAGACAUCUGUCCCUCAAUGCUUCACAAAUUCAACCAGGGAGAAACAGUAGAGGUUCACCUAAAGCUUGUCACAGCAAAGGGACACUGAAGGAGAGUUGCCUGUCAGCAGAGCCUCAGACUGAAGGUCAUAAAAUCAGGCAAGAUUCACUGAGGAAACACGUCAAAAGCAAGUCAAAUUGUAUCCAUUUCCAUUGUGGCAAAGCAAAAGAGGGAACAAAAGUUGAAGUGAAACAUCAGGUUGCAGCUGCUACAGAACUGGAUGGAGAAAAGUACAAGGAGCACACUGUCGAGGCAACGGGUACUUGUGCUCGGAGGAGCAGGAGGCAUACUUCUUCUGCUUGUAGGACUGCUACUGUUGGGGAAAAAUUAAGAGAUCAAAGUCAGUCUUCAUCUGGCAACAGGGACCAUUGUGAAGGAACAGCUGUGUUCUUCUGCGACGUCAGUUGUACUGGUGGAAUUACGAGAAACGCAAAGCAGUGUGAAGCUUCUUCCAAAGGCAAAAGGCAUCAGCAGAAAUCCAGAAAUAAAGAGGAAAAUGAUGAGCGAUGUUCACCAGCUGGCUCUAGUAGACCAGGAAGUGCCAAAAUGGUGUUUGUAAACACCAGAAAUGACAGCGUGCAUGCUGUAGAACAAACUAACAAAGUGGGAAAUCAUGAAUUAGGAAAAAAGGCCUCCCCUUUAUUGUCUGCUGAGGCAGAACCUACUGAAACUGUGCCAAGAAACCCAGCAGCUUGUUCUGCUCCUGAUGACAGUUUGAACUUGGAAAAAACAGGCGUAAUUGGAUCCAGGAAUGUAGAUGAUCAAUUAUGUUCUGUCGCAUGGCAAAGUACAAAUAUUGAACUAAUCCCUUUAGAGAUUCGAAUGCAGAUAAUAGAAAAAGAAAGAAAAAGAAAAGAGCUGUUUCGGAAGAAGAACUAUGCUGCUACAGUCAUACAGAGGACAUGGAGAAGUUACCAGCUAAGACAGGAGUUGUUUCAGCUGCUUAGUGCUAAGCGGCAGUGCAAAGAAGAUGAAGACAAAUGGAGACAAGAGACAGCUGCCUUCUUCAUUCAGGUUGCUUGGAGGAAACAGCUGACCCAUAGCCCUCUGAAAUCAGUUCCUUCAUGUAAAAAUCUGAAAUCUAUAAACAAAACCAGCUCAGCCAUAAAAACCAGCAAGCAGUCCAUCCUUAAGCAGAUAUAUGGGCGUUCACAGGAAGGCAAAGUGUAUCAGCCAACAAGACCUCCUUCUAAGCUGAAACUUUCUGAUGUGCAGCUGGUCUCAGUAAACAACCUACAGUGUGUUAAUUUGCUGGAGAACAUGGGAAAAUCAAAGCAAUUUUCAUACAACAUGAGACCAACCACUGCUGCAAAAUCAAAAAAUACAAGACUCAAGCACUAGGCAAAACUGAAUGUUUGGAAUUUAAAAAGCACAUUACGGUACAACUGUUACCUUUCAUAAUGUACAAGUUGUCUACAACAUUAAACUUGAACACAUUUUCAAUCUUGUAUUAUCUCAGCCAAGCAUGCCAAGCUGACUUCUAAGGUGUUGGAUUCAUUUUAUUUUGUGUACAAAUUAGUUUUUAAAUGCAGCUGUUAAUUUAUUUACUGACAGGAUGAAAUCUGAAUUGCAUUUGGUAACAGAAAAUGAAGCACUACACCCAGCACUACAGUAGAGUUGCAGGGGCUCCCAAAGUCUUCCAUUGUCAAAAGUAGGAAUUUUGAAUGUGUUCAUCAUACGCAGUUUCAAAAGAGAAGAAAACUGUACUAAAGAGGUUCUGAAAGACUGCUGUUCAAUUUCACCUCAAAUUUAUUAAGUAUAUUUCAGAAUCUAAACAGGAACAGUACAACAGCCUUCAUGCUCCACUUCUGUACUAAAGAAACGGUUGUUUCUUAGCGAGCUAUGGAUUUGGAAGGAAA